AUGAAGAAGCACUUCAAAACGGGAAAGGCAGUCAAAGAUUCUAGGCUUGAGUCAAAACGGUACCUCCAGCUCUUGGCAAAUCACAUCCUGCCCAACACCAAGCUUGCAAAGAACCUAGCAGCGCUUCAAAAGAAGCAUGCCGACAACAGCGGAAACAGGAACAAGGGACCAGGAAAAGCCAAGACCAAGGUCGAAAAUUUGGACAAUGAUGCCUUGAUGGAGCAGCUGGUAGUGAGCCAUGGCCCAGUGGAUGGCAAGCCGGGCAAGAAAUUCUGGCUUCGUCUCAAGGCCGCUUCAGUGAAACCAAAAUCAGGAACCAAGUCCUGUUGUGGCGGAGACGAGGAGUUUCCUGGCAAUCACUUUGUUUUUGAGGCCCUUGCAAAGGAUGGAAUUCGGCAGCGAUUGGAUGCCAUUGAUGCGCCAACAAGAAGGGCACGACGGAAGCCUUCAAGUCGACAUCAUAUACUCAGAUUGGUUUGGAGUUGGUCCGAUGCAAGAGAAACAAGAAUCAUCGCAUCAAAGUGGGCCCAAAGGGGAAGGAGUAUGGUCUUUUUCAAUUCCAUCUUCAAGGGUGAGUUGGUUCCCUCCCCACCUCCUGGGCCCACUAGCUAG